CUUGGACUGGUUGGUGGAAAUUCUGAUAAUGAGGGCCGCUUGGAAGUCUUUUAUAAUGGAGAGUGGGGAACAGUGUGUGACAGGAAUUGGGACAUAACUGAUGGAAGAGUAGCUUGUCACCAGCUUGGCUAUGAGGGAGUGGAGAAGGUUGGUCUUGAUUUUGGUGAAGGAACAGGAAAGAUCUGGUUACAAAAUGUCCACUGCACUGGUACAGAAGAUAUACUACAAGAGUGUCAAAAGGAUGGUUGGGGAGUUCACAGUUGUGACCAUUCCAGGGAUGUUGGCAUAAGGUGCUCUCUCCGUUAUGACGAAGGAGCCUUGAGACUCUCAGGUGGAACAAUCGAAACUGAGGGUCGAGUUGAAAUCUACCACAACGGUGAGUGGGGUACUGUGUGUGAUGACCUAUGGGAUAUGACUGAUGGUGCAGUAGUUUGCAGACAGCUUGGUUACCCAGGGAUACUGCUGUCAUAUGACGCAGCUCAUUUUGGCAGAGGAUCUGGGACCAUUUGGCUUGAUGAUGUGCAGUGCAGAGGCACAGAAGAAAAGCUGACUGAUUGUUCCCACAAUGGUUGGGAAAACCACAAUUGUCAGCAUUCAGAAGAUGCCGGUGUCAAAUGUUCAUCAACCUAUACUGCAGAAGUGCGAUUGGUCAAUGGCCCUACAGAACAAGAAGGACUCCUCAAAAUCUUCUAUAAUGGUCAGUGGGGGAGUGUUUGUGAUGAUGACUGGGAUGAUGUGGAUAGUCAGGUUGUUUGCAGACAGUUAGGAUUCUCAGGGAAAGCAGGCUACUUCACUGCUGAUACAAGAGGGUACACGACAGGUACAGGAGAGAUAUGGCUUGAUUCUGUGACCUGUUCUGGAGAUGAAGAGAAAUUGGAGUUCUGCAAUCACAACGGAUGGGGAAACCAUGACUGUACUCAUAUAGAAGAUGUUGGUGUAUCAUGCUCAGUUUCAGGUGGUGGUCUAUCUGGUGGUGCAAUAGCUGGAAUCGUCAUUGGUUCUUUAGUUGGAUUAUGUUGCUUCUAUUGCUGUUGCUUAAGAAAAGAGAAGAAGAAACCUCCAAAUGUGGUGUUAGUGAGCAACACAAGAAUUGAAGGACCAUUGGAAUUGGGGAAUAUCACAAGAGCAACCGAUGAGGACACUGCUCAAUCCAAUGGGACAUCCAUUCCUGAGAAUCCCACCAAUCUGGAUGCAAGUUUACCUGAGCUCCCACCUCCAUCGUACGAUGACAUUGGGAAAUAUUCAUCAUAUGGUGACCCAGAUAUUGCCUACCCUUCAGCACCCCCUUCCAUGCUAUACCCAGAUUCUGCCCAAUACUCUUCUAGUGAUGUGACCCCAUCUGCACCCCCUGCUUACUCAGACAGCUAAUCCUUCAAGAUACAUCAAAAUAGAUUUUACUCUACAUUUUAUGCAAAAAUAAAUUCUUAUCACAAAAUGCCCAACUAUUAGGUUGUUUUAAUUACUUGAUAUCUAUAAUUUAUGUACAUGUUAUCUGUCAAUAUUGAGAACUUGAAGGAAAAUGUAAUUUUUAUGUGGGAUUUACUCAUUUAUUUAAUGGAUUUUAAAGCCUCUGCCCGCCACAGGUGGUUAUUCGUAUUAGUAAUCAUGUUGAUUACCGGUACUAUAUUUUUUGGUAUAUAUUAUUUUUCAUAUUUGAAUUUAUGUUAUAUUUAAUUGAUUUCAAAAUAUGUGAAUGAAUAUUAUAUAGGUUGCAAAAAAUACUCCAAUUUCAAUUUCCUCUAAACAGGAAAAAGUAAAUACCAUUUGUCUUCGGCUGUUGCUGGGGAAACCAACUUCACAACUUAUAAAUAAUCAUGAAUGAUGGGAGAAUAUUUUAAUGAACUUAAAGUGACUUUAACUGACAGUCAAAGCAUUAUAAUUUAUUGUUGUACUUUUUGCUGUCGGAUUUUGAUUACCUUUGAGAGACUAGUUCAUAAAUGAUAUUUCUUGGUUUGUGUCAAGUAGGGUAAGGCCUGUUAAGCAACUGGAUCAUGAAUGGUGAUGCUGUGCUUCAAGUUGUUGACAUAAUGAGUGACUUGCUGUUAUAGACAGAGAUGAGCCUUGUCUAUAAGCAUAGAAAGUUUUUAGGUUUGACUGCAUUGAUAUUGACACAGAAUCCCAUGUGAUGCUUCUCUUUGGUGUUUUUUGCCUGUAGAUUUGAAAUCUUGCAUAGUUUCUGUGACAUUUUGUCAGGAAAAUUUGGAUGGGCUGUGCAUUGCAUUUGUGCUGAGUGACCUGUGUUGCUUUGGCUUGAAUAUGCAGAUCAGUUGGUUAAUAUCCAUUAUUAUUAAAAUGUUUUAAAUCUUUGUGAUAAGUAAAAUUUAAUCUUUUGCUCUCAAAGAAAAAUCCAAAGAGUUACCUCAACAAUUUUGGCUGCUAACAGCUGCCUUCUUCAGCGAAGACCGAAGUCACCCCAUUUGACCUAGUUAUAUAGUGAUCGAUUAAUUGGGUCGUAAACUAGAGUAUGCAGCUACAGAUGGUUGAGAUUUUCUUGAAUGAUCAUCAUAAUGAAGAUGAAUUGAGAUUGAGCUGACAUCAUUUACUUUUAUCAUUAACUCUUUGUGCGCUAGACCAUUUGCAGUAAUGGAAACCAUGCAUUGCAUGUCAGACCCAAAAUUGCCCACAAAACAUGAUCGUGUAUAAAAAUCCUAUGCAAUUCUGGAAAUAGCUAAAAUUGAGAAAUGUAUCAUUUUUGUCUCACCUGCAUAGCAGAGUGAGACUAUUUGCGUCGCUUUUCCAACGGCAGCGAGACGGCGACGGCGUCAACACCAAAUCUUAACCUGAGGUUAAGUUUUUGAAAUGGCAGCAUUACUUAGAAAGUAUAUAGACCUAGUUCAUGAAACUUGGCCAUAAGGUUAAUCACGUAUUACUGAACAUCCUGCCUGAGUUUCAUGUCACAUGACCAAGGUCAAAGGUCAUUUAGGGUCAAUGAACUUAGACCAUGUUGGGGGAAUCAACAUCAAAAUCUUAACCUAAGGUUAAAUUUUUGAAAUGUCAUCAUAACAUAGAAAAUGUAUGGACUUAGUUCAUGAAACUUAUACAUAAAAUUAAUAAAGUAUCACUGAACAUCCUGCAUGAGUUUCACGUCACAUGACCAAGGUCAAAGGUCAUUAAGGGUCAAUGAACUUUGGCCGAAUUGGGGGGUACAUGUAUCUGUUGAAUUACCAUCAUAACUUUGAAGGUUUAUGGAUCUGAUUCAUGAAACUUGGACAUAAUAGUAAUCAAGUAUUACUGGACAUCCUGUGUAAGUUUCAGGUCACAUUAUCAAGGUCAAAGGUCAUUUAGGGUCAAUGAACUUUGGCCAAAUUUGGGUAUUUGUUGAAUUACCAUAACUUUGAAAGUGUGUUGGUCUAGUUCAUAAAACUUGGACAUAAGAGUAAUCAAGUAUCACUGAACAUCCUAUGCGCAUUUUAGGUCACAUGACCAAGGUCAAAAGUCAAUGAACUUUGGCCAUAAUGGGGGUAUCUGUAGAAUUACCAUCAUAACUUUGAAAGUUUAUGGAUCUGACUCGUGAAACUUGGACAUGUAAGAGUAAUCAAGUAUCACUGAACAUCCUGUGCGAGUGUCAGGUCACAUGAUCAAGGUCAAAGGUCAUGUAAGGUCAAUGAACUUUGGCCACGUUUGGGGUAUUUGUUGAAUUACCAUCAUAUCUCUGUAAGGGUAUUGGUCUAGUUCAUAAAACGUGGAAAUAAGAGUAACCAAGUAUCACUGAACAUCUUGUGUGAGUUAUAGUGGUUUUCAAAAUCAGCACUGCUGCUAUAUUGAAUCGCGUGAUGCAGGUGAGAACGCCAGAGGCAUUCCACUUUUUAUUUUUACCGAUUAAAUGAAAUAGAUGGCAUGUUAGUUUUAACUGAAACAGUGUUGCCCACGAUUUUCAUCAAAAAAAGAAAUGAUGAAAAGCACAAAGUCGAAAAAAACAAGGAAAUACAUAAAGAAAUAAAAAAACAAAGUACAUAAUAAAAAGAAGGAAACUGACAUUUUCUUGGUAUACCUUUGACAAUUUUCUCAUGUCCAGACCAAAAUUUAGCAGUUCUGGGGCUAUACAUGUAAAGAUAAACUGCCAAAUUAUGAUUUUGUGCAAUGAUUAUGAUAAUUAAAAAUGAAUUUUAAUAAUAUAGGUACAAUUGAAAUCUAGAGGUUACAUGUACGUCAUGGGUGUGGGUAACGUGCAUCCCAAUUUUCGUUCCGAUCGUCCAAUAAACGACCAAGAUCUGGAGGGAGGGGCUGAUUUUGACCCCCCUCCCCCCCGAUAUGCAUCUUUAAAACAGCCCAGCUAUGUAGGGUUAAGGUACUCCUGCAGUAUGUAUUGUUGGGCAUAAGCUUGGUAAUGUUUCACAAAGAUAUUAGGCUUGUAGUCUCUCUCUGUAGUAGUCUUUCACUACAAUGUUUUAUUCUAUGAAAAUAUUUUUGGUUGGUAUUUGAGUUGUCAGUGAACAUUGUUGAAAUAUAAAACUGUGCAAGCCAUUUGAGGUAAUCUUUGUUGUGUGUCGGGGUAGAUAAACAAAAUAUGUGCAAUUUUAAACAUCCUGAUCAUAAAAUGAAUCGUCAUGUUUAUGUAUACUCAUGCUGUAGUCACUGCUGACCUGAGACAGAUCAAAGCUUCAUGAAUCACUUUAUUUUGAAUAGCAUAUUGUCUAUUGGUUUGUAGUUGCUAUGCUUUAGUCACUACUGAUUCAGGACAAUCCGAUCCAUCCUCGUGAUAAUUCUGCAACGCAAAAAGCUGGUGCCACAUUAUUCCAUAACUCUCACACAUUUGAGAUCGGUGUGACGAUCUGAAAUUGAGCAACAUUUCUUAAGAUGUAAGAGAUAUAGGCCUCUGUCUGACCCAAGAUUACUUUUAAAUAUAUUAAUUCAAGUACAAAAUCCAAUGCAAAAUGUGUUUCAUAAAUGAGGUAAUGUUUAUACUUUUGUUGAUUAAACUCAAUUACUUUGUCUAAUUAAUAAUCAAAAUAAAGACGACCCACCCCCCCCCAAAAAAAAAAAAUGAAUGAAUAAAAAAAGUAAAAAUGAUAAAAAAAGACAAAGAACAAGUUAAUAUAUAAGAAAAAAAAACCAAAAUAUUGUACCACUGCAAUUUUUUGUGGCGUUUGCGUGAUUGGCAGUGAUGGGGGGGGGGGGGGAUCCAACCCUGUGAGAUACAACCUGGCUCUCGUAGGGUUAAAAUAAAGUACACUUGAAUAGGAUUUUGAUAGCCUGGAUGAUCUUGUGUAAAGUUUCAAGUUUAUUUUUAUUGAUUUCAAAUCCAAACAUAAAGAUAAAUGAAAUUGUCAGACCAAGCAAACUUGAGAAGUAUGGCAGCAAAAAAAAAAAAAAAGGAAAGUUCCUUGCGAAUGGAUUUUUAUGUUCUAGGAAAGAAAAGUUGUUUUUUACUGUUGAGAGUAAUACUUACUGUCGUGGGGAAUGUAUGUGUAAACAAAAGCUUUUCACAUACAUGGACAAAAAAUUGUUUCACCAAAAUAAUGCCACAUUUUGAAAUUGGGGAAGUGUUUUUACUGACCAGGGUGGUGUUUCACAAAGAUUUAAGUAUGACUUAGAGUCGCACUUAAAUACCGAGUUGCGUACAGUAUAAAAGGCUGGACCGCUCUGGUAGAUCGUGUCAUGAGGACGUGCACCACUGCAUAUCUAUCAAUAAGAUCGUACGUUGCAUAUCAUGUAGCGCCGCCAUUUAAGUGCGACUUAAAGUCAUACUUAAAUCUUUAUGAACAUGUAAUGUACCUCUUAUUUUAAAGUGGAACAGAUUUCUUUGGUCCUUAAAGAUUCUGAUUUAGGCAAUAUAUUAUCAGCUUGAGGUGCUCUUUACAAAGAACAAAUUUGUUGAUGUAAUAAUCAUUGUCAUAUUACAGAUUCAAUUUUUUCUCUCUUGCCACCUCUUUGAAUUUAGUAGCUUUGGAAAGUGACUUUAAAGUCGGAUUAAUACACUGUGAGAUAGAAAGUGUAUUUCAACUUGUAAUUUUGUAAACUUUUUCAACUCGUUUCAAACCAUUCUUGCCCAUAUAAUUUGCCUUUUCAUUAUAUUGCCCAAAUUUACAUUGUAAUGGGGGGGGGGGGAUUGACCCCCUCAACAAUUUUUGUGACUACACCACUGCGCAAAUUUUGUUUACCACACCACUCACUAAUUUCUACUUUCAAUUCUUGCGCAACUUUUAAAGACCAAAUUCGCGACGACUGGGAAAGCGGUUUCAAUUGCAAAUUGCUCAGAUAUGUAAUUUCUUGUAUAAAGUCAAUGCAAAUUGUGUUUUUAACCACAAAUCAUAAAGGUAUGAUUUUAAUAAUGCUGGAUUUUAUUGAAUUUAUAUUGGGCUAUUUAUAAUCACAAAAGAGUCCUUAACAAAUUCAUCAAAAACAAUGAAAAACAAAAAAGUAAAAAAAGAAAAAGAUUUUUGUCAGAAAUUUAAACAUUGAUAUUUUCAUCAAAGAUUAGCAUUGUACUAGCUAUUAAAAAGUGAGUUAAAGGCAAAAACAAAAUUUCAGACACUAAUGUGCAUCAUAAAGUUUUUUGCAUGAUUGCUCAAUCAGUGGGGUUAAAUCGACCCCUCCCACCCCCCCCCUCUAGAAUAUGCUGGUCUGAAAUAGUCCAAUUAAAUUAGGGUUACAUUUUUUUAGUUCUCUUUAGGGAUACCAUUAUUGUGAUUAUCAUAUAUACAUGAUAUUAGAUCUACCUCUUUUUCCCUCUCUCUCUCUUCACAAAUCAAAAUCUAUAUUAUCCAUCGUAGAUUGUGGCAAUUAUAUUAUUGAGUAAAUGUUAUAUUUUUAUAUGAAUGUACUUUUCAUUGUUUGUACUUUAUAUAUUAAGAUUUUCUGUGUAAUAUAUACAUAUAUAUAUAUAUAUAUGCGUAAAAAAUUUUCAUGAAAAUUAUUAACAGUAAUCUUAAGCUGCUUUUAUGGUACUUAAAGUUUUUGGAUAUGCUUAUACUACAAACAAGUAUUUUGACUUUAUUUAUAUUUUCAUAUUUAGGGGCUUGUCAUUAAAGGCUGUGUAAGUUUCAGGUAAAUUUGUAUGGGCAGCCAUGAGGCAAAAAUUAAACCACUGAGAUAGUGGAGUGUAUUAAAGCUACCUACAUGUAAUAGCUGGCUAAUUUUUAUGAGUCAAAGAACAAAGCGACCAAGAUAUUACACAAGUGAUAGAGAUUACCAAAUGUUCAAAAUGUGUCGUAACAGGAAGCCGGAUAAAGCGGGUUAAUUUCAUCUCAACUUUUACAAGCCUGUUUCAUUGCGCAGGCUUUAGGAAGACAACAUUAGGAUGUCCGCCCAUACACAUGUAUAGCAGGGGCGUCGAAAUGUAGGGCGAAUGCCUUCCUUCGCUUGGUAAAGUAGUACAAAACAAAAACAGAGGAGAAAAUGAUGACAAAGAAAAAGAGAAGGAGAAAAUGAAUAGAGACUAGGUCCUAUCAAGAAGUCAGAUAUGGAUUGUGUGUGUAUACAGUGCGUCCCACAAAAAACGAAACCAAGAUUUAUCGAAGAUUUAUCAUAACUUAAUCACAAGUACAAUAGACAAAUGACCUACCAUUUUAAAGCUUAGAAUCUCCUCUUUCAUCUGAAAUUACUUAGAUUUACUUAGAUUUUUUCUCAGUCAUGCAUGAGUGAGCAAAAACAAUUUGAAAAGGGGAUACCAAAAAGUCACUUGGCGGGCUGUAUCUAGGUAUUAAAAAGAAAACACAAUUUUUAAAAAGUUCAAUAUCUACUCUUUAAUUUGAUACCUCAAUUACAGAAAAUGAUCAAGAAAUAACAAAGUUCGGGUUAUUUGAAAUAAGGCUUGAAUUUCAAUAAUUUCAUAAAAUGAAGAGGUUUUACAGGCUGGCGUUCAAACUCACUCGACACUCUGUUUUGUUGACGAUCAGCCAUGCAUUUAGUCUUUUGUUACCGUGCGAUAGCCUCUGUGGGAAACCAGAGAAAACAUGUUUAUUUAAUGAAAUUAUGGAAAUGCAAGCAUUGUUUCGAGGGAUCAUAACUUUUCUACUUCUUGACCAUUUUCUGUAUUUAAGUUUAAAAGAAAAGAGCAGAUAUUGAACUUUUUAGUCAUGUGAUUUUCUUUUUGAAAUUCAGAUACCCCCCGCCAAAUGAGUUUUUGGCAUCCUUUCUUCGAGUUGUUUCUGCUCACUCAUGCGUGAAUGAGGAAUAAUCUAAGUAAUACCAGAUGAAAGAGGAGAUUCUAAGCUUUACAUUGAAAGGUCAUUUGUCUUUUUUAUUUAUGAUUAAGUUAUGAUAAAUCAUCGCUAAAUCUUGGUUUCGUUUUUUCUGGGACGCACUGUAUAACCCAUAUUAUUGAACAAAAUGACAUCCCCCUUGGUCAUUUUGCACGGUCCCCCAUUAAAAAUUCCUGAUGCCUCCCUUUGCAUUUUUACACAUGUAUAAUUUGAAAUUUAGAGUUUAAAACUGAAACCAUUCAGUUCAAAUUUUAUGACUUUUUUUUUUGGGGGGGGGGGGAAUUUGGAAAAAUUAUUGUGCUGUCCUCUGGAAUUCAUUUAUAAAAGUAAUAAAACAAAUUGUUUCUCAUCUGAUAUUACUCUGAUUCAAAUAAUCUGUUUCAAUAUUACUGAAUCUUAUCUUUCAUGGAUCUCUGUCUCUUGAUUUAUUGGUAGCUUUAUACUUUAAAAGAAACCAUAGGAAAAAUUGGCUGGUUGGCUCCACUUAACCUGGCGGUUUAAUUUUAGCCAUUACCGCUGCCCAUAGAAAUUUACCCAAUGCGCAACUGCCAUAUUUGGGUAGUACUAGGCCAGUUUUUGUGAUAUACCGGUACUGUAAUCAAAUUUCAUCCAUUUGUAUUUAUGGAGAACCUGGACAUGAAUGAUACAUGUUAUCGUGAUUUUUUGUGUGUGUAGUUUACUGUUUGGGCAAAAAAGGUAUUACUUGACCUGGGGCCCGUUGCAGAAAGAGUUGCUUAAAAAUGCAAAUCAAAAAAUCAAUCGCAAGUCCCAAAUGCACGCCGUUGGUUGGUUGAAAAUCAAGCUGCGCAUGAUUUUUAGCGUUGCGAUUGAUUGCAACUCUUACUGCAACUCUUACUGCAACGGGCCCUUGGUUAGAUAAAGUAAAAAGAUGAUAUUAUUAUUGUUGUUUUUGCUUUAUUAUUUCAUUUAACCUUAAGAAUAUAAGAGGUAUAAAAUAAUGACAAAGAAAGACAUGGUGUCAUGUGGGUUCCUAAUAGAGAAGUUCUGCCUUGUUGACCAUAGUCAUGUCAAAUGUCGUAGUCAAAUUUAUCAAAAUCUGAUAACAAAUAAUGAAGUUAUUGAAGGUUAAGAUUCAGCAAUAUUUUAUGAGAACAGUCAUAUGGAUGCCAUCAUGAAUACGCAAUAGAUACGCUGAUGAUUUAAUAUCUUCAUUUCCAUUUUUCUUUUAUUAUUACAUGAAAUCAACAUUACAUGUAUUUCAUAUUUGCAUAUGUGUUUGUAAAAACAUGUCAUAUUUGGAAAAGAAAAUAGCAUAUAUUUAAUUAUUUCACACAUUAAAUCAGUAAUCAAUCAUAUUUAUACUUCCUUGGGGGAAAAUUUGAACAAACAUACUGUAUAUGUACAUGUACAUGCAUAAUAAACUACCAACUGAAAAGUGGUGAAGAUGCCAUUAUUAGCUAGCUCAUUGCAUAUUCAUGAAGACAUUCAUAUAAAUGUCUCACCGAAAUAAUGCGAAACUCUGAAUCAUCAUAACUUUAUCAUUCUUCAUCCAACAAUGAAAAAAAUCAGUGUUGUUUGAUGAUCUGACCAUAUCACAUAAUUGUCAGCCUGGAGUAGCCAUUUAAUAUUUCUAGCCUGGUCAUCAUAAUUUACAAAUGAUAAGGACAAAAUUGGCAAGAUAUAUCUCUUCAUAUUUGGAUUAUUGGUGGGCCUGGAGAGCCCAGAAAGGAAUAGCUGUUACUUUUCCCGCUAAAUUAAUGGGGCUCAGCAUCCAGUCAAAAUAAAGGAUUCCAUUGGAAGCGACUAUUGGAUUGUACAUGUAAACAUCACCAUCUUGGUCAAACAUCAUCAUCAUAAAUGUAAUUGCCAUUAUCACUUCUUUCCUCAAUAAAGGCUAUGUUAAUGUUGACUCCACUGAGGGGCAUGAUUUAAACACUUACAAAGAAUAGGAUAUUAUAUGCCCGAAGACUUUGGCCCCCAUUAGACAUGCAUGGGGGUUUGAAGCCGCCUUAAAGCCCCUUUCACAAUUGACGUACGACCUGUUUACGACCACCUGCAACAGUUUUUUCUUGUUGUUGCACGAUCGAUCCCUUGGUGUCUUGCGAGCACUCGCAGUCGUUGUAGACGAUCGCACAAACUCGAGGUGGUCGGAGGUGAUCGUGACUGGUCGCAUCUGAACUUUGAACAUGUUCUAAAACCCAAACGCGAUCAAAUACGAUUGAUUCACUCGCAACAGGUCGUACCAUCGGUCGGGCGAUCAUCGUGUGAGUGUUGUUCAACGUUGUACGACUUGGUGCGAGAGGUGGCACAACUAAGUAUAGUCGCAUUUAGUCGACUGGAGGUCGUACAACACUUGCACAUGUGCUGGAGACCUACAGAGACCAGUCUUGCGACUGGGUGCGAUAAUAUGAGACUGUUGCAAGACCGAUCGAAAUUACGGCUUACUACAUUCCACUACCGUUGCAUUCGCAUGUAUGCGACCGUUCAGCCCCUUUCACAAUUGACGUCCGACCAGUUUACGACCGCCUGCAACAGUUUUUUUCUUGUUGUUGCACGAUCGAUCUCUUGGUGUCUUGCGAGCACUCGCAGUCGUUGUAGACGGUCGCACGAACUCGAGGUGGUCGUGACUGGUCACAUCUGAACUUUGAACAUGUUCAAAAUCCGAACGCGAUCAAACACGAUCGAUUCACUCGCAUCAGGCCGUACCCGGGGUCGUACCAUCGGUCGGGCGAUCAUCGUGCGAGUGUUGUUCAACGUUGUACGACUUGGUGCGAGAGGUGGCACAACUAAGUAGUCGCAUUUACUUGACUGGAGGUCGUGCAACACUUGCACAUAUGCAAGCGACCUACAUGUACAGAGACCUGUCUUGCGACUGGUUGCGAUAAUAAUAUGGGCCAUAAGACUGUUGCAAGACCGAUCGCAACGGCUUACAACAUUGCACUACCGUUUCAUUCGCAUGUAUGCGACCGUUCCACUCGCAAUCCCUCGUGCAACACUCGCAUGUGAUCGUACGAGCACAAUAAGAGCAUAUGCGACUUACUCGUGCAACGGGGUUUACUGGUUGUUUUUGUUGUACGACAGCUGUUGCAACUGUGAAAGCCUCUGUGCGAUCUUAUGAGAUGACUAGCGAUUGAUGCCUGUUGCAGCCUGUCGCACGACCAAAAGGUCGCAAAUGGUCGUACGUCAAUUGUGAAAGGGGCUUUAGAUGAUAAUCCCCCUAGUAAUAAUGGUUUAACCCUAAUUCUCCAGGGGGGGGGAGGGCAUAAUUGCACCCCUCGACAAUUUUCGCAAUCUAUCUGCUGCGCAACAUUUUUGUCUCACCUGCAUAGCAGAGUGAGACUACAUGUAAAGGCGCCGCUUUUCCGACGGCGGCGGCGGCGUCAACACCAAAUCUUAACCUGAGGUUAAGUUUUUGAAAUGACAACAUAACUUAGAAAAUAUAUGGACCUAGUUCAUGAAACUUGGCCAUAAGGUUAAUCAAGUAUUACUGAACAUCCUGCCUGAGUUCCAUGUCACAUGACCAAGGUCAGAGGUCAUUAGGGUCAAUGAACUUAGACCAUGUUGGGGGAAUCAACAUCAAAAUCUUAACCUAAGGUUAAGUUUUUGAAAUGUCAUCAUACCUUAGAAAAUAUAUGGACCUAGUUCAUGAAACUUAUACAUAAGGUUAAUCAAGUAUCACUGAACAUCCUGCAUGAGUUUCACGUCACAUGACCAAGGUCAAAGGUCAUUUAAGGUCAAUGAACUUUGGCCGAAUUGGGGGUAUCUGUUGAAUUACCAUCAUAACUUUGAAAGUUUAUGGAUCUGAUUCAUGAAACUUGGACAUAAUAGUAAUCAAGUAUUACUGAACAUCCUGUGCAAGUUUCAGGUCACAUGAUCAAGGUCAAAGGUCAUUUAGGGUCAAUGAACUUUGGCCGAAUUGGGGGUAUCUGUUGAAUUACCAUCAUAACUUUGAAAGUGUGAUGGUCUAGUUCAUAAAACUUGGACAUAAGAGUAAUCAAGUAUCACUGAACAUCCUGUGCACAUUUUAGGUCACAUGACCAAGGUCAAAGGUCAAUGAACUUUGGCCAUAAUGGGGAUAUCUGUUGAAUUACCAUCAUAACUUUGAAAGUUUAUGGAUCUGAUUCAUGGAACUUGGACAUAAGACUAAUCAAGUAUCACGGAACAUCCUGUGCGAGUUUCAGGUCACAUGAUCAAGGUCAAAGAACUUUGGCCACGUUGGGGGUAUUUGUUGAAUUGCCAUCAUAUCUCUUUAAGUGUAUUGGUCUAGUUCAUAAAACGUGGAAAUAAGAGUAACCAAGUUUUCACUGAACAUCUUGUGCGAGUUACAGUAUAGUAGUUAUCAAAAUCAGCACUGCUGCUAUAUUGAAUCACGUGAUGCAGGCGAGACAGCUAGAGGCAUUCCACUUGUUUUACCUCGCCGCUCUCUGACUUUUUACUUUCAAGUCUCGCACAAAUUUUGAGAUCAAAUUUGUGACACCGCGGUACGCGGUUACCACAUUAUGCUACAUUAUGUAAGUGCGUGUCAGACCCCAAAUUGCUCAUAAACGUGAUUUUAUGUACAAAUCCAAUGCAGAUUGUGUAUGUAUUAGCCACAAUUCAUAAAUGUAUCACUUUAUUUCUACUUUUACUGAUUAAACUUAAUUAAUUUUGCCUUGUUUAUGAUCAGAAUUAAGUCUGGAAUGAUUUCCAUUGAAAAAAACAAAGAAAUACAUAAGAAAUAAAAAAAAACAAUAAAAUACAGAAGAAAUCGGUCUUGUUACCAGAAUUCUUUUCAUUCACAAUUGUUAGGAAUGCUAUAAAGAAUAUUUUCACCAGCAUUUUAGGAGCAUUUAGUGAAUCAGAGCAAAAAGUAUGAUUUCAUGUAUAAAAUAGUAUAAGUAAUUCAUAUAAAAUCAAAAGAUAUGAAUUCAGUGAAAUUUACCAAUGCAACUGGGUAGAUUAUGUCAUUCUCUACCAUCAUGCAAAUUUUCGUUGUGAUCGCGCAAUCCGCAGCUGAGAUCUUAAGGGGGGCCAUAAUGCCCCCCCCCCCCUCCCCCUCCGGAAUGACAAGAAUCAAAAUACCCCAGGAGAUUUAGGGUUAAGGCCUUGAUGAUGCCUAUUCAUGUGACACAAGUCACCUGCCUUUUCAUGUCAACAUGUGAUAUUAUUCACUCCCACCAUGUGCAUGGUUCUUAACUAUUGUUCACCAUUUCUAGUUAAGUGGUCAAGCCAGCCUGAAUCCACUUGCGGGAUUGUUGCUAGCCUGAUGCCGGCUUCAAACCAUAUCCAAAGGGUAGAAUCAGUCCGAGCCGGUGUCGGUUCGGCUUUCCCAAAAAAGGGGGGGGGGGUGAAUAUACACGUCGUAUAUACAUGUCUGGCGUAUAUUGUGUGUCACCAUCCAUACAUGUAAAUGAAUAAACAGUAAAACAUGAAUGAAUUAUCAAUUCAAUGGAUUCCAAGAGUAACACCAAGACCAAGUUGACUUUGGUAUCCAAUGGUAACUUCUGUGCCAUCAAGGAUUCAAUGUAAGACACCCAUGAGUGGUAAGCUUACCAUUAUACUGUGAAUCAGGGCCCUUAUCUUCACCCUAGUAAACAAACCUCAAAUAUUUUCUUGGGGCAAGUAAUCCAUUUGGGCUGAGUAGCUAUUCCAUUAUUUUAACUACUGUACCAUGAUAUUUGAUUUCUCUAGGCAGAAGAGUGUUUCAUCCAUAUUUUGUUUCUCUGACAAGUCCGUUCUGACAACUCUCCUUGAUUUUUAUUUGCUGAUAAGCACAUAUUACUAUACUAUGGCAAUUCCUUUCAUAAAACUCUCCCCAGGUCUCCCUAAGUGUAUUUUUUAAUUGUGAUAUAUUUAUUUCAAAUAAACAACUCAAAUUAUUGUUUUUCUUUUCUUUUUAUAGAAAUAGGAA